AUGAGUACGCCGAAAAUUCGUGGAAAAUCCGCCGUACACAUCAACGACACCAUCAUCGGACCGGGUGCGGCCGGUGCACCGGUUGGCGCCCACAACGCCCUGCUAAAGAUCGAAUCCGUCGUACCGAAGCUGACGGUGCAUCGUGGCAGCAACGGAGCUGGAACGACCGGGCUGGUCGGUGGCCAUACGGGACGUUUGCGGACGUUCCAUCGGUCACACAGCACGCUCAGUUCGUCCUACCUGAGAAAGGUGACAGCGGCUGCUGCAGCCGAUCACAACCGGCAGCAGCACCAGCGCAUUCUAGCACCCAGGCCUGAUCCAAUUGCCGAACGACCUGGCUUUACGGGAACAUCGUCUACGUCACCAUCACCGGCACUGGGACAGUCUCUGCUCGUUGAUGCAACCGGACAACCUGGGUUGUUGGGUGCGUACGGUGAAACGCCACCACUCGACAGUACACUGUUGGUGCAGAAUGGUGUCUCAAGCAUCCGGCGUUCGCAAAAGGACCGUGAAAAACACCCCGAUCGGGUGAACCUCGAUCGGAAGGGACUCAGCUCGAUACCGCUUAUCGAGGACGAACCGAAUCUGCGGUUGCUUUCGUUGCAGCACAACCUAAUCAACGCAUUUCACAUCCCACCGGAGGCGGAUUCGAAUAAUAACCUGCAACCGGCGGGUGUCACUGCUGCCGGAAAUGGGACUGAGCUUAAACCGGGCGGACCACCGGGUGGACCACCGGGCAGUAGUCCUCCAACACCUACAAGACCUUCCCCGAGUGGUACGCCUACUAAUGGGCCGACAUACGCGACCACCAAACCUUCGGUUAAGCAGUUUCUACGCCAAAAAUCGACCUCCCGUGGGCAACUGCUGGUGGGGGGUGCACUAGGGACACCGGGUGCACCGGGGGCUGGUUCCACGAGUGGGAGUUUCAUCCAGAGUAAGAUCACGAUCGGUAGCAAGCAAGCAGGUGGUCAGAUUCAAUCGCAAACCGGUGGAGGUCCAGUCACGAUAUCGCCUCAUCUCCAGAAAUCGACACCACACGUGUCCCCAACGGCGCCGAUCGCGAUCACAGCUCAACAGAAGAGCUUGCUGAAGAAGUCGAACAGCUUUAUCGGUGGUCCAAGCAUGUUCCUUGCCGGUGGAACAACCGCUGGGACAUCCCCGGGACCGGGAGCGAAUGGGUUGCUGAAGAUGCGUGCCGGGAAGUUGCUGCUCGUGCCAUCGUUUAGUAUCGAUAAUUUGAGCAACAUCAGCGAAUUGCCGGGUGGAUUGGCUGAGCAGGAGUACUGCAAUGGACAGUACUCGAGCAGCAACGGAAGCGCUGGAAAUAGUGGAAAAACGACACCCGUCAACGGUAACGGUGGUCAGACGACGCCGGGUGCACCGGAAACGAACCCAUUCGGGGGUGGUUUGAUGGUGGUUCCGCGUUACAACCUUGGGAAUUUGGUUUUUCUCGAUCUGUACGACAACCAGAUCGAGCGGAUCUCGUGUCUGGAUGGGUUGAAGAGCCUGACGGUGCUGUUGCUGGGCAAGAACCGUAUCACCGACAUCGGUGGGUUGGUGUCGCUGAAGGGCACGCUGCGGGUGCUCGAUCUGCACGGCAAUAAGAUCGCGAACAUUACGGGCAAAAUCAGCCAGCUGCAGGAGCUGAAGUCACUCAACCUGGCGGGCAAUGCACUGCGGCAGAUCCAGGUGCAGGAUUUCGCCGGAUUGUUCAGCCUGAAGGAGCUGAAUCUGAAGCGCAAUCGGAUUAAGAAAAUGUUCGGUUUUGACGACCUGCACAACCUCGAGCGGCUCUGGUUGUGUCACAACGAUUUGCAGUGCGUUGAGGAUAUGUCGGCGAUCGCGAAAGCGAUCAACCUGAAGGAGGUGACGAUCGAGAACAAUCCCGUCUCGCUUGCGGGUGAUUGUGUGUCGUUUUUGGUCAGCUAUCUGCCCGGGCUGGUGUCGCUUAGCCAGAUGCAGAUCACCGAACAGGUGCGUCGAGCCGCGUCGGCGUGGCGCAAGAACAAGGAGCUAUCUGACAGCAAGUACUCCAACUUGACGUCUGACGUGUGUCAGAGCAUCCGGCGGGAGGAGAUCAUCUCGAACGCGCGCACCAACUGGGAGCUGCUCCGGUCGCAACAGUCAACGGUGAUUGCGAGAAGUGGCCGCAUCACCGGAACAACCGGGAAAGACACCGAUAUGCUGCUCGACUCCGCGAGCAAUCUCUCACCGGAACUUGGUCCUCCUGGCGGUGCGACUACUGGUGGAAAGUUACCACGGAAGGGUCUUGCUGCGACCAACGGCACCGGACAGACGAAUGGUGGUCGGACGAUGAAGGCAGCCAACGGAAGAAAACCGGCAACCAACCGGAAACCGUUGGUACGGUCGUCCUCGCAGGAUAACUCCGGCUCACAACUGUCCGAGCAGGGCGGUGAGGAGUACUUCCGAUUGCCACCGAUCUUGGCACCGUUUCUCGAGCAAUCCGCUACACCAGCGAAACCGGCCGAUGGAGACUGCCCGGUUGCGUCCGAUGUGGCCGUACACGCGGAUUCAAGCGUUUCCAGCGGAUUUAGCUCGGACAACGAUGAACAGCUCAAUCCGAAGGACCUCGACAAGGAGCUUGACAAACAGCCCACCCUGGUGGCAACGAAUAGUGCGAGCUCAACGCCAGAAAAGGAUUCCGACACCGAUCGACCGUUGGCAAACGUGGCGGAAGCGCAAGAGAUCUCAACCACCAUCGGUCCAGUUAACCAGCAGGAGUUUCCCGUUCAGACAACAGAAGAAACGAUCGUUAAACUACCCACAUCACCGGACGAGCGAGCUCCCAUCAACAGCAACGAGAACACACCGGAAGAGGUUAACUUCGAAAAGCUGUCCACACUUUCCACGCUCUCGGCGAAAAGUGGCACCGAGUCGGUGAUCACGAACAUCAGCUCCAACUCCGACUCCACCGGAUCCACGACGGAUUCAGCGAGCAGUGGUCCUACGCAUGGUGGAAGCGGAACCACCGUUGUCGGAGGAACAGGAGUGGGUGGUGGGAGUACCAGUGGACACAGUUCGACAAGCAGCACCACCCACGGUCGGUCGCACAAAACGAAACUUAACACACCGGUCAAGCGGUACGGUACGGGAACGUUGUCGCGAACGCAAACGGCACGCAAUGGCGGCAUAUCCUCCGGAACCGUGGCAAGCCUAGCCAGCACGUCCAACCUAGCGUCCAAUUCCUCUGGUACACCUGGACCCGGCACGUCACCGGGUGGAACCACCAACGGAACAUACUCGGCUUUUUCGAGCAGCAACUACGGUACCGGCACUGGAACCGGUGCCGGUAAAUCGGGAAAAUCGGGCGAACGCGAGCGCGAACAGGGCGGAGAUUAUCUGAUCGAGAUUUGUGGCCGGUACCUGAACGUGUACGGGCUCGGGGCACUCCGGUUCAUCGACAAACAGUGGAACAUGCAGAAAGCGUGCGACGUGCACACGGUCAAGUUUAGCUACAUCAACUUCAACAGCAUCACGGCGAUCCUGUGCCGGAUCAAGGUGCGCUUCGUCAACGCGGAAAACUUUAUCUUUCGCGAGACGAACAUCAGCUGUCUCGGGCAGAUCAACGCGCUCGCUGAAAGUCAAGGGAUUGCGUCACUCACGAUCGAUCCGGAGGGAAAUCCGCUGUCCGGAAGAUCGUGGCGCAACUACGCCAUCUAUCGGCUAUCGCACUGGGGUCUCAAGCAGGUGAACGGUACAGAGGUGACUCCGGAGGAGGUGCAAACGGCGGAGGCGUCGUACGCCGGUCUGUCCGAUUUGGUGCUGUGGUCCCUCCCGGAAGGGCUGCUGCAGCCGCUGUUGCAGCGUUUGCGGCUCGAGGAGACGGCCCAUGCGUCCAAGAUGACGGCCAAGGAGUGGCUGAUGCAGGCCGACCCCUCGCUCAAGAACAUCGUCGGCAAGGAGGCCCUACAGUGGAAGAAACACAGCACCACUCAGGACGAUGCGGUUAUGCGCGCCAAGGGAAAGGCGUACUUCGGUAAGAUGCUCGAGAACACGUGCAACGCGGUCGAGAAGCUGCAGCGGCUCGAAACGAUGUGGCCGGCGCUGCUGCUCGAGAUGAUUCGCAACACGCUCAUCGACUACUCGCAGAUCGACGUGUACGUGAAGGGAAUGCUCGUGGAGCUGCUCAAGUAG